AUGACUCGUCUCGGAAUCGUGCUGCCGUCGGUGCGCAACGUCACUGGCACCAUCGUCAUGAUGGACGACGAGAUCCGAUCCGAUGCCACCACUACUGAUUCUCUCAAGAAAACAGAUACAGGGAUCAUUCUACAUCCUCAGCCCCAUGACGACCCUAAUGAUCCGCUCAACUGGCCCGUUAUUCGGAAGGACUUGUGCUUCUUGAUCAUCGGUUGCCAGACAUUCGUUGGAGGUGGCCAGACUGCCAUCUUGGCUGCGGGCUUUUCGGGUUUGAAGGAAGAGUUCCACAAGACGCUCUCUACCAUCUCGUACCUUGUGGGUGCAUUUAUGUUAUCGCUUGGUGUGGGUUCGGUACUUGCCAGUCCUACGGCCGUGUUGUAUGGCAAAAGAUUGGUGUAUAUUUGUGGCAUCUCGUUGUUUUUGGUGGGUGCCAUAGUUGCUGGUGCCUCAAAGACUUACGGCGCCCUCAUGGCUGGAAGACUCUUAACGGGUAUCGGUGCAUCACCCACGGAAAGCUUGGCGUCGGCCAGUUUGAGUGAGCUCUAUUUCCAGCACGAAAGAGCUUAUCGUACUGGUCUUUAUACAUUAUUACUUCUUGGAGGAAAGAAUUUGGUGCCUCUCCUUUCGUCCCUCGUGUUUCAGCACUUGGACAGACAUUGGCUCUACUGGAUCAUUGCCAUUCUUUUGGGCACGAACUUGGUGCUCACCUUCUUGUUUGUUCCUGAAACCUUCUGGGAUAGAUCUCCAACUCCGAGUAAGCGUUCCAUCGCGGAAACCGAAGCAGCCCGCCACGUCCAGGGUUACAUACCUCCAGAAAAAAGACCUCAUGCAUAUGCUCUUCCGUCUACCAACAAUGUGUUGGAUGUUCAGAGUUUGAACUCGUCCAUGUUGGGCACUACGCAAUCACGCACUCAUCCAGUUGCACUUACUGGAGACGACCCAGCAACAGAUAACGAUCAUGCGUCAGUGGCUUCGGAACCUAAGUCCUUUAAGAACAGACUAGCCUUGUACUCCGGUCGUCACACAUUGGACAAGUGGUGGAUGGUGGCCCUUAGACCUUUCUAUUUGUACUUGUAUCCCUCUGUCUUAUACGGCUCGUUCGUUUACUCGUUUGGAGUGGUUUGGUUAAUUGUGAUUUCCGAGACUAUCUCCGAAAUUUUUAAGGGCCAUGGCUAUGGCUACUCGCAGCAGGCUGUUGGUUUGUUCUACUUGGGCCCUUUUAUUGGUGGAGUAUUAGGCUCCUUAUCAACCGGAUUAUUGGGCGACAACCUCGUUAGAUUUAUGGUCAAGAAGAACCAUGGAGUGUACGAGCCUGAAUUCAGGUUACUUAUGUUAAUUCCCUCCUCGUUCUUCAUCUGUUUUGGAUUAUUUGGCUACGGAUGGUCUACACAAGAACUCAGCCCAUGGAUUGCACCAGUCGUCUUCUUUGGUUGUUUGAGUUAUGGCUCUUCCAUGGCAUGCACUUCUGCCAUUACUUAUGUGGUUGACUCAUAUAAAAUGUUUGCCUCGGAGUCGUUGGUGUCCUUUAACUUCAUGAAGAAUUUCUUGGGUUUCAUCAUCUCGCUCUUCAACACUGAUGUUUUAGAGUCCAUUGGCAGCAAGAAACUUUUCAUCAUUUACGGUUGCAUUCAGAUUGCUCUUAGUAUUGGUGGUGUCGUUACUUAUAGAUAUGGAAAGCUUGCAAGAGCAUGGACAGAUGAAAAGGAGAUUUUGAGAUCUCUUUACGUUCCUAAUUCGCCGCUGCAUCCAAGUAAGGCAAAAGAGGCCAGAGAAGCCAAGGAGGCCAAAGACAAUGAAGAAGCGCGGGCUAGGGAAGGCGAUCAAACUCGUCGUCAGGAAGGCGAAAGCUCCGAGUUCGUGUCUGCUGACACAACUACUUCAGAUGAUUCAACUUCAAAAGGUAAAACUGAAGAGCACAAGGGCGAAUCUCAAUCUACACCAGAAACGAAAUAA